AUGUCAUCUUCAUCGAAUCGUCGCCGGCUAAAAGAUGUAAACGCCGUCACGGGAGAAAACCCAUCUUCAGGGAAAAAACCUUCGAGGUCUGUAACUCCACUUCCGAUCUCUAGCAAGAACAAUCCCAGUCCCGUUCUUCUUCAGCAAUCAUUAUCAAGCAAAGAGAAUCCGAAACCUAGUCACCGGUCUAUUGGGUCGACGCAGAAGCCAGUUCUCCUCCGUCCUGUACCGCGAAUCGAUAAAUCCGCCGCGAGAGGUGGUGUUGGUGACGGCGAAGGUCGAGUUACACGAUCCACCUCUUCUGCUUUGCGAGGUAGGAGUUCUAGUCCAUCUGAUUUAAUCAGAGUUUUCUCCGAUUUGAGAAAGAGAAAUGAAUCUAGGGUUAUUGGGGAAAAGGGUGAAUCAGAUCAGGUUAAGAAAUCUGGGUACAAGAAAUCAACCAAUUCUGAGGGUUCUGGAGAAAAAUCUGUUGUUGCUUCGAAAUCUGAUGGUAAAAUUGACAAGAUAGGGAAAGGUAGUAGUAGUGUGGUUUUAAGAAGAAAGUCUUUGGAUAAUGUUGGGAAGGCAAUGGAGAUGUUAAAAGAGAUUAGAGGGAAUGAAGGAAGCAGUAGUAAUAUCAGUACUAAAUAUCCAAGCAAGCUGCAUGAGAAGCUUGCUUUUCUUGAAGGGAAGGUUAAGAAAAUUGCAUCAGAUAUCAAGAAGACGAAGGAUAUGUUGGAUUUGAAUAAUCCGGAUACAUCUAAAGUUAUAAUCUCUGAUAUACAUCAGAAGAUUACAGGGAUUGAAAAGUCUAUGAGUCAUGUUGUUGAUGGUUCAGAGAAAAACAAAUCUACUCAAGUGGCGAAAGGAAAAGCUUCUGUCAAAGGAUUAAAUAAGGAAGAGCUGGAAGAUAGACUCUUUCCUCACCAGAGGUUGCUGAGGAGCAGAACUCAGUCUAAAACAUCCUCACAAGUCUCAAAAGGUCAUGAUUCUGUUGAGUCUAACAAGGCAGUAAAUGUUGAAGUAAAGCCCUUAGGUCCCGUUGAGGAGAAUCCAAUAGCUCUAGAGUUCUUGGCUUCACUUGACGACAAGGAAAAAGACACGUUUAGUAGUGAUCAGAAUGCACUGGAUAUUAUGGAAGUGCAGGAGAUGGAUAUGGAAGAACCGUCAAAGGAAAAUGAUCCUUCAAAAGAUGUCAAUCUGACUUCCAACUUAGCUGAAAUUCUCAGAGCGGAUGAAGCUCUUGAGGAAAUCGAUGAUGAAGAGAAUAGAGACGAGAUGGAGCUGGAAGAGAUAGAGGAUGAUUGCUUGUAUCAACUCAAUGACAUUGGAUCCAAAACUUCUACUGGAGGAUGGUUUGUAUCAGAGGGCGAGGCAGUUGUACUCGCUCAUGAUGAUGGCUCGUGUUCCUAUUACGAUGUCGCCAACUGUGAGGUGAAAUCUGUGUACAACCCUCCAAGUGGCAUCUCACCAAACACUUGGAGAGAUUGCUGGGUAGUUCGUGCACCAGGUGCAGAUGGCACCUCAGGCAGAUAUGUUGUAGCCGCUUCUGCUGGGAAUACAUUAGAGUCCGGAUUCUGUUCAUGGGAUUUCUACACAAAAGACAUAAAGGCACUCCACGUUGAGGACGGAUCCUCACGAGUUUCAAGGACUGCUCUUGCUCCUUUAUCCAACAACACAGCGCAUGGUAGGAACACAUUGGCUUGUGCACUGACACCAGAAGCUCAACAAUGGUGGUACAGACCGUGUGGUCCUCUUAUAGUCUCAACUGCUAGUUUCCAAAGAGUAGUUAAGGUUUUUGACAUACGAGAUGGGGAACAAAUCAUGAGAUGGGAGGUACAGAAUCCUGUGUCAGCUUUAGAUUUUUCGAGCCCUUUACAAUGGAGGAAUCGAGGAAAACUUGUCGUAGCAGAAACUGAAGCAAUAUCUGUUUGGGAUGUCAAUUCCCUUCACCCUGAAGCACAGCUCACUAUUUCCUCUUCAGGGCGAAAGAUCUCUGCUUUUCAUAUCAACAACACAGACGCUGAAAUUGGGGGAGGUGUUCGUCAAAGAGUAAGUUCCAUGGAUGCUGAAGGCAACGACGGAGUUUUCUGCACUGCUGAUUCAAUAAACAUCAUGGAUUUCCGUAACCCAUCUGGCAUUGGUGCUAAAAUCCCCAAACUCGGCGUCAAUGCACAAUGCGUAUCAUCUCGAGGAGAUUCAGUAUUUCUUGGAUGUACCAAUCUGAAAUCAUCAUCUGUCAAGAAACAAAACCUGGCUUCUUCAUCACAAGUACAACAAUUCUCCUUGCGUAAACGGCGUCUCGUGAGCACUUACAGUCUCCCCGACUCAAACACUCACUCGCACCACUCUGCAAUAACUCAAGUCUGGGGGAAUUCAAACUUUGUCAUGGCUACUUCUGGUAUGGGACUUUUCGUGUUUGAUACUGCAAAAGAAGAGACCUCACCACAUCCUUUGACAAGUGACCAUGGAAGCUUCCAAACCGUAAAAGAGAUUAUCGGUCCAAACGAUAUGUAUUGCCCAUCAUUCGAUUACUCCGGUUGUCGUGUUCUCCUCAUCUCAAGAGAUCGCCCGGCUCUAUGGAGGCACCUCUCAUAG